AUGUUAGACCACUCACUGGCACCCGACUUGGCAGUCCAGCCUGCGACUGCCCCGACAGCGACACCCAUCAAACAGCGAGCAAGUACCGCACUGGCAAAAGGACUGGCGUGUGAAGGAUGCAAAACGAGAAAAGUGAAAUGUCCCGCAGAGAAGCCGGCCUGUAAGAACUGUGUCCGACAAGGGAGGCAGUGUCACUAUCCUGAACCCCGACAUGGCACGACAGGCAGACAAACUAUUACUGCUCAGCCGAGUGUCCAUCGGUACAAAUCCCAUGACAGUCCGAAAUUAGCUUUUGCACCAUACACAUCAAGUAUGCGCUCUUCCCAGCAACCUGCACCACUGCCACGAGUUCAACAAGUGACCUCGUCUUCCAACAUGCUCUCCAUCUAUCCUUUGUCCGCGGAAACCUCCCAGAAACUGCCGUCGGGCUUGGAAGAAUUGGACCUUUCAUGGUGUUUGUCGGGGCCCUUGAUGAAUUCUGCGCAUACAGCAUCUCUACCGGAUCUGACUGCAGCAGAGCAAGAGCAAUGUUUGUGGCUGUACUUUUCCAGAAUGGACUCUGUUGUGGUAGAGAUGAAUAUCGCGCGAUUCUAUGAGCGACUCGCGGCACCGGACCCUGUUGAUCGACCUCACCUAGCACUCUUGAAUGCCAUGUUUCUGACUGUGUCUAAGGUCUCACCACUCGAGCACGUCCGAGCCCAAGAAGAGGAGCUGUUCAACAAAUCUGAGAAGCUGUUCAAAAGCGCUCUCCGUGAUAUGGCGGUCGUGACGAACAACACGGUCGACCUGGUGCAGUGCGCAGUUUUAAUGUCCGUGUGGCUAUGGGGACGAUGUCGGGAAGCCGAGGCAUUCUUUAUGACAAGUACUGCUUGUCGACUGUCCCUUUUCGGCGGCUUUGAGCAGAUAUCGGACUCUAACAACGUCAAGGGGCCUGGCGAGAGCCUUCUUGUACAGGCUCGAGGAUCAAUUUGCCCUCCAAUGCGAGACGCAGUAGAGUUGGCAGACAGGAUCUAUACCUUCUGGGCGGUGAUAAUGCUUGAUCUUACGGGGUCUAUAGCUACCGGAAUCCCGCCCAACAUAGACAUCACCGCCAUCCGGACACCUCUUCCAAGGCCUUGGGUAGAGUAUGGAAUGGAACCACAGACAGAAGACAGUUAUCUGAUUGACCUAUUUACCCCAAAAUUCUGUACCGGCCCGCCCAGUCAGAACGAAUGGCCGCAUUUUAUUCGGGCUACCGUGCUUCUCCAUCUCGCUAUUGCAAAGGUCACAGAUUCUCGACAAGGCACACCCUGGCGUGACUUGGAGCAGAUGUCCCCAAACACCCCAAGUUCAGUCGUGUUGGGGUCCUCAGAGUCAUCUUCCGCUCGGGAUGGAUUUCGGAGAAGGCCUUGCUUGGAUCUGGAAGGGGCUGUUGAGCGAUUUGCAGCCGAGCUACCGCCGGAAUUCAAGUCUCUCGGCUCCAUCAACUCCUCUCAACGGAACUCUCAGGUCAUCAUGAUGCAAACAACUCUUGCUUGCAUUCGCAUGUAUCUGGCAGAUACCAACGACUAUACAUCGCCCAACGAUGCUGCUCUGUAUCAAGCGCGCAAGAUAGUAGACAUGGCCAAGUUUGUGGAAUCAGGAGCCCCGCUGGUCCCCAAUCUAUGCUUAUACGUCAUGUGGGUCAAAACCGUCAAGCUCCUCACACGGGAGGUAAAGCGGCUGCAACAUAUCGGCGAAGCACUAGCAGCUAUCUCGUUGGAGUCGGACGCCAACACGCUGUUCAAGAGCUUGGAGUCGGCAGCUGAGCAUUCUCCGUUGGUAGCCUCGACGCUCAGUACGACGCUGCAGUCUGUACGGGCUGCGACUUUGCCUGUUCAACAAGAAACCCCAAUAUCGGUUGCGGAUAGUCUUGGACGGACAGCCAGUUCCGAGUAUAAGUCUCCUCCUCAGGGAAAGAACGGCACGCCUUGCUUGUAG